AGAAUAUAAAAUUUCAGGAAGUGAGAUUGGAAACGAAAUGAACACGAUGAAUUAUUUUUUCAUAUGAUAUUCCUUUUAUUCGGGCACCUGUGAGCCAUAGCAAAACCAUGGUUUUUGUAGUAAUUAUGCUGGGUGCAGCUGUGCUGUGCUGUAGUGUGGUGUUUGUGUUUGGCUGUGUGUGCCACCUCUUCAAGAGAGGAGGAUUCACAAGUUUUGAGGAUGAGGAGUCUGGAAGAAAUGACCUGUCCAUGUACACCGGUCAUGACAGCUCACAUGACAUGACCAAUGUGACAUUUGAACCCCUUCCAGACAUACUUGCAAAGACUUUAAGCACCCGCGCACUGCGUCCGCGUAUUGUCUGCAGUGACACUCAGAAACAAUCUGAGGCUUCAAAGCUUGUCACUGUGUUUAAACCAUUUCCGAGAAAUCAGUUGCUGUACAUCAAAGAAAUUGGGCUUGGAUGGUUUGGCCAGGUGUUGCAAGGCAGUGCAGACAGUAUCUCCCAGGACUCACGACAGACCCAGGUGGUUGUGAAAGUACUGAAGGACGAUGCAACCGCCAGUGAGAAGUCUCUAUUCCUGGAGGAAGUAGCACCCUACAGGGACUUGGAGCAUGUUAACAUCAUUCAGCUACUGGGGCAGUGCACAGAGACCAUACCCUUGCUGGCCAUCCUGGAGUACCCUCCCUUGGGAGAUCUGAAGUCCUACCUCAUGUCCAACAAGAGGGGACCAUUCAUACAGUUUGCCAUGGACGCUGCCAGGGGACUGGCGUGCAUGCAUAAACACUCAUACAUUCACCAUGACUUUGCAGCCCGGAACUGCAUGCUUAUGGCAGACCUUCAACUGAAGAUUGGAGAUUAUGGCAUUGGAGAAGACCUUUUUAGGGAGGAUUAUUACGACACUGGUCGAGAUUUGCUGCCAAUUCGCUGGAUGUCUCCAGAGUCACUAGAGGUGAAACAAGGCGUGUGGCAGGUCAAUAACUUCACAGUCCAGUCUAAUGUCUGGUCACUGAGUGUGUUGCUAUGGGAGAUUCUUACUCUUGGGCGGAAGCCGUACAACAGCCUAAGGGAUGAAGAUGUGCUCCAGAAAGUAGUCCGUGAAGGAUCCAUCAAGUUGCUUCCCCCUGACACACAUGUACCGCUGCAUGACAGAUGGUUUGAAGUGAUGGAGAUGUGCUGGCAAGAGGCAGAUGACAGGCCCUCUGCAGACGACAUUCUUGCCUUCCUGCAGCAGAUAGAGGAGGAAGUGACAUCACAGUCACAUGACCUAGUACAGACUGCUCCCUCAAUAGAGACACAUAUCAAGACUGGUGUACAGUCUCCUGAAUUUGAGUCAAAGUUUGUGAUGUCAAAAACAGUAAACCAGUCCAAUAAGCACAUAGCAGAAGUUCUUGUACACAGAGUGGACAGAAGUGAAGGAUUUGAAAGUGAUUUCUCAAAAGAUAUCACAAUAAGGAAAAACAUUCAUUCACAAGGAUUUGAAGACAAUUUUUUACCAGGUGCAUCUUUGAGUGAUUCAGAGCUACUACAUAAUGAUUCUAUCAUUGCCUCAGGUGGUAAUGAUGUCGAGGGCACUCAGAGUUUUGGCAAGAACAUGGGCAAGAAUGUGUUUGAUUCUGAUCAUAAUCUAAACCUGCUCCUUCCACCGGUGCCAGUUCAGAUGAGCACGCCAAGUAAGCCAAGAACAGAGGACCAUCACUUACAAAACACUGCCAAGACUGAAGGAUCUAGCUCAAACUAUGUUACAGCCAUAAGUGGUGCAGGAUCCACUUCCAAAACACAAAAUAAGGACACAUCGUCGAACGCAGCAUAUUCAGUAAACACAGCACUAGUGUCAAGUCAAAAAGCCAAGAAUUUGUUUGGUGAGAAGUCUGAAACUCAAAGCAGUGAUGAUGGUUAUAAGACUGGUAUAAGUAGCUCUGCACCAGACUUAGUGCUAUCUCCUGACAUUAAAACUAAAUUUAGUAAUACUGAGAAUGAGGUUUCUGAAGACUCUGGCUCUGAAAGCCCAAGACUUGAUUCAAAAUCAAGCCCGAAACAUGCAGAUCUGGAAACUGAAAAGGCAAAGGAGCUUUAUAUGUCCAAAGGAGCGAGUCUGUCUUCUGUAAGUCUCAAAUCUAGGUCACUGGGAACAAUUCCUGAAGAUGGAAUUCCAUCUGAUAACACAUCUCAGUCUGGUUUAGUGUUUGAAGAGAAUGAGGAGAACGAAAACGAAGAUGUUGGAAUGAACUUUGAAUGGGAUGAUUAUGAUGGAGAGCAGCUGGUAGGUCGGGUGCGGUACAUGUCUGAAGACUCCAUCCCCAGCACAAAGUCACCACGGCAUGUGGAUGUAGAGGAAUGGCCAUUUGACCAGGACUCAGGAAGUGAGUCUAACUCCAGGCCUGGCAGUCUGGCCAGUGAAAGCGAUGCUGAGGUAACGAGGCUGUCCAUCAACUCCAACUCCAGCAUUGACACUAGGGCUAGGAUUGCUAGCAUUCUCACUAACCGUCUUAACUCUCUCAUUAAAAAUACUAACCCCACACCUUCCACAGCGCAAAGCAUGUUUUAUUCUUUAUCUGAUGAUGAGGAAGAUGCAGAUGUAGCUAGUCCUGGUGAAAUUGUUUCACAGGACUUGAUUCAGGAUAACAUGGAUGCAUCUUUCAACCAUGAUUCUGGAGCGACCCUGGCCACAGUACAGGAAGAGGAGGAAGAGAAUGAGGACUGGAAUUAUAUCCAAAAGGAGAGCUCUUACCAGGAGCAGAAUGAUGACCUCAUCAGACAAGAUCUUGACUCUAUAGCUGAACAAGUCCUUGGAAGCAAGCAUCUUCAAAAUGUGUCAGGUGUGAAAGUCAAGGUCUUAAACUCGCGGCAUGAUCCACUGACAGCUUCCGAGGACAUUGACAGUAUCGCUUGAAUUCUAUAAUAAAGAACAACAGAAGUAAAGGGAAUUUUCUACUGCCAUUUAGAUAACUUAGAACACAUGAGCUACAUUAUUUAUUUUAUUCUGCAUUUAGAUAUAUGGGAGUUGGAUGCUAAGUUUUUUAUUGGAUUUUUUUUAUAGCUCGUCUGGGCACAUAUGCUCAUGGGCACAAUUUGUUCUUGGUGAGCACUUGUAUUUAUAUUUUCUAAGGGUGAAGGUAUGUUAAGCAUUUAUUAAUCAGUUAUUACAUGAAAUGUCACCAAAACUAGUUUGCAUAUUUUAUAUGAAUAUAAUUAUGUUAUUGUAAUUGUUAUAACAUUAAGUAUGUAGCAGAUUGGUGCAAACAAGUUAAAUAUGAGAUUUAAACAAACUAUUUUUAACAUUAUACAUAUCAGUUUGUGUUAGUUUAAAAUAAUUAGAUGUUGAGCUCAUAAAUUAUUGGUAACUGUUGUUAGUACCAUACUUCAUGUUUUUUAAAUACACAAUGUUAUCCUGUCUGAUAUAAGAUUAUGCUAUAUAUGUAAUUAUGUUUGUUUAAUAACCAAAGAAUGUCAUUUUUUACCAAUUGUCUUCAUUUUGCUGAUUUGUUCUUGCAAGUGUGUUGUUGGCUUGAUAUUGGGCUUAUUUUUGUUGUAGAUGUAGUUAAUUAUUCUAUGUCCUUGAUUGGCACCAUACAUACAUAAUGUAAUUAUGAGAUCUGUUGAAUGUUACCUUGGUCAGUUAAUAGUAUGAUAUGUAAAAAAGCAGUCCUUGUUUUCUGAGAUUUACUUUUAUAUCAUAUCAAGCAAAUCGCCAUUUCAUUUUACUAUUUUUUUUACAAAUGUUUGUUUAAUUUAGGUGGUUAGAUCAACAUUAAAUAUAUUAGUGACACUCAGCUGCAGUCAAGGGCUUCCACUCUUGCAAUAUGUAUCAAUUGAUGUUUGAGCCAUAUGUGUGUGUUGUUUUGGGACACAAAACCAAUGUACAUUUAUAAUUUAUUUUGAAAUGAACAAUCUUAAAAUGUGUUGACUACUAGGAUUUUAUGAGGUGUAUUAUUUGUAUAAUUAUUAUUAUUCUCACCACUGUUGUUUGUUUGUUAUUUUGUGCAAAUACAUGUGUAUCAUUCAUCUUUUCUAGUCAUUGUGUAAAAAAGUUUUUUAAUUGUUAUUUAGUGUGUUGUAGCCUACCAUGGCCAAUGAUAGGCAAGCACACUACAGGGCCCGUAUUCACCAACCCAUUCUUAGACUUAAGAAUAAAGAAUAGACUUAGAACCAAGAAAAAUGUGUUCAGUGUUUGAAUAUAUACAGGCCUCCACUGGUGAGUAUGUCAUUAACAAAAUGUUCUAAAUGAAGAAUAAUAUAGAGACGUUUAUUGCAGAGUUUGACUCAAAAUUAAAGAAAUUCUUGAAUAUUCUAAUUUAAAGAAUUUUCUUUAUUCUUAGACUUAAGUCUAAGAAUUGUUUGGUGAAUACGGGCCCAGGUUCCAACUUGGAGUCAUUUUAAUGGAAAUUAAAUUAAUUUAAUCGUCGAAAUCCAGUGUCUCCAAACUAUGUUAUGGUUAAAUAAAGUUGUCUGUGAUUGUUCUAUUGUGAAAGUAUACUAAUAAUGUGUACUUGAACUAUGUUUUGUUUAUGUAUGAUGGAAAAUGUGUUAUAUUUGUGUAAUUAACAUGAUGAGUUAACUCCAUAUCAUCAAUAUCAAUAUCGUUAUUCACAUCACAGCUAAAAAUACAAUUUAGACCAAAAUGCAUUUCCUUAUUUCACGAAAUGAAAUAUGUUUCACUUAUAUCUGAAAAGAUUUCUGAAUGACUAUGAACAAAUAACAGAAGUUAUAUUGUUUUGUUUUUAUGUACGGUAAGUGUCUGCAAUAUUCAUGUAAUAAAUGUAUUAUGAAAAUUAGCCUUUAUAAAAAUUAAACCAGUUAAUGAAGGAAACAAAACACUUGUUUACAUAUCACUUGGAAAUGGCAGUUAUUUGCUUUUUGUCCCCUACCGGUUUCACCGGAGGGGACUUAUGGUUUGCGCUCUGUCUGUCUGUCAGUCCGUCACACUUUUCUGGAUCCUGCGAUAACUUUAAAAGUUCUUAAUAUUUUUUCAUGAAACUUGCAACAUGGAUAGAUGGAAAUAUGGACAUUAUGCGCGUCAUUUCAUUUUGUUCCUACAUCAAAAA